AUGACCGUCCCCAACUCAGAGGACGCACACGUCCUUAUUAUCGGCGCAGGUAUCACAGGCCUUAUCCUCGCACAGUCUCUCAAGAAGGCCGGCAUCCGUUACUCCAUCUUCGAAAAGGAGGUGUCCAUGAACUAUCGCAGCAAUGAAUGGACUAUGGCUAUCCACUGGUCCCUCGACCGUCUGCGCGACCUCCUCCCCGCCGACCGUUUCGCACACAUGGAGUCCGUCUCGUGCAACCCUGAUGUUGCCCUGGACGCUGGCGGAAACUAUCCCAUCAUUCAUGGGGAAACAGGCCACCUCAUUGCCGGUGUACCGUAUGCCAAAGGACUGCGGGUUCCGCGCAGUAAGAUGCGGGAUCUAUGUAGCAAGGGGAUUGACGUCCAGUACGGAAAGAAUCUGAUUGAUGUGGCGUUCACUGAGAGCCAAAAAGGAGUAGUUGCAGUCUUUGAUGAUGGUUCCAUGGCCUCUGGAACUAUCCUUAUCGGUGCGGAUGGGCCUCGUUCGAAGGUCCGUGAGUUCGCAAUGGGCUCGGCGGAGAAGGCGGCUGUUAGCCGCUUUCCCAUCUUUCAUACUAAUAUGACCGUUACCUACAACGAUGCUGAGAAAGCUAGGUAUGUAAGACAGCGUUUUCCGACGAGUUAUCUGGCUUUGAGUGAUAGGUCGUAUCAUGCGUUUCAAUCCAUCUCGAGCAUGCCUGAUGGCCCCGAUCAUCCCGAAUCAUGGGUCUUUCACUUGGCUAUGGCCUGGUUCAUGGAUCACGGUCAACCUGCUACUUACCGCGAGAGAUUAGACAUGAUUCGCGAGAAAGCCCAGAGUCUGGCUGAGCCGGCUCGGUCCUCGUUCACUUGGAUCCCAGAUGAUACGCAGGUCCAUAAAGCUGAUAUCAGCUACUGGGUUACCCAGCCUUGGGAUAAUCGACAGGGCAGAUUGACAUUGAUUGGGGACGCAGCGCAUCCGAUGCCGCCGUACAGAGGGCAGGGCCUCAAUCACUGCAUAUGUGAUACGUCUCACCUUUUGGCCAGCAUUCGGAAGGUUGUGGCCGGAACGGCUAGUCUGAAGGAGGCUAUUACUGCGUACGAAGCGGAGAUGAUUCCCCGCGGUCGCGAAGAGGUCAAGUGCUCGGUCGAGAACGGGUACAUGCUGCAUGACUGGGAUCAAGUCCGUGAGAGUCCUGUUUUCCGACAAGGGUUCCGGCCUAUGAGUGGACACGAUAGAGGUCCUACGUUUGAAAAGAAUUUUACUUACGUUGUGUCCAAACUGCUGCUUGUUAGUGCGGCAUUGCGUCUACUACAACACAAUGGUGCAGCCUUGAUAUAUGCAUCUCAUAUGAUUGCAGAGUACCACACUUAUGAUGUCUAUGAUGGAAACAUUCGACAACAGAAAAGACAGGGAUAUAUCAGCAAAGCCAUGUGCGCCAUUUCCGGGAAUGAAAACUUGGGUGUGCGAGCGCGUGUCCUGAUGUCUGAACCAGCACGUAAGGCUGACAGUUUAUCUAUCAUCUGUACGACAUCCGAUCAUCUGACGGGGAUUCCGACCUCAUGCCUAUCGCAAUUUAUCGAUACGGUGCUUAGGAUGGCCUCUGAACGCCUCUACGCCUUGACAAUCUAUGGCUAUCGCAAGCCAGGUAUGCCUGAAGAUGAAUAUCAUCGCUACCUGAGUGGGCACCAUGCCGUUCUGGUGAGGAAUCAUCUCGUGAAGAUGGGUAUUGUCAGAUACACUCUGACGCACAACACGUCCGAGACAAAGGGGAUGAUGAAGCGUAUCUUUGGAGACCUUCCGGAGGGACAUACCUCUGAUUGUGACUGCUUGGCCCAGAUUAUGUUUCGUGAUGUGGAGGAUUAUGUCCGCGCUCGGAAUGACCCCCAGUACAAGGAGGUCAUCUUUCCCGAUCAUGCAAACUUUGCCGACUCAAGCAGAACACUAUUCGUGACUGGCUGGGUGGAGUGCCAUAUUGUGGAUGGAGAAAUAGUCUAA